UUACUUAUAAAUUAAGUGUAGGCCUACCCUAGAAAUGCAUUGCUAGCCCACACCUACACUUGUGCACAAUAUUUUUGAGAAAUGUGACCAAUACUUUAUAGUUUGGCAUUAUGCGAUUUCGGACUCAGCCAGACAAAAGUGUAAUUUGGAUUAGUUUAUUACAAAAUUGGGAACUGAGUUUUAAGAAACACUCUUUCAACAUGAGAGUAUCCUAACGGCACACUGCAAGUGUCAUUCAGUCUGAACAUGUCUUCAUUGAACACUGUGUGGCGCACUUGAGCAUGUUUGGACUUUAAUUUGCGUCUUUGGACAAAAAACGAGCAAUAUUGUUUUGUUCUAGCGUGAUAAUGUGAUAAAAUAACUAUGGGUUCUGAGUAAUCUAGUUUUAAUAAAAAACCAGGGGACCCCCAAGCUCUUUAUUUUAGAUCUAUGAGCGGUGCCUUAGGGCUAAUGAGGGGUCCGUAACCGCCCCAGCCCCCCCUCCCUCAAUUAGAUCCCUGAUCUGAUCGAUAUUAAUAUCAAGAAACAACGGAAAGCACUAUUUAUAUUGUUAUAAACAAAGCGCUGUCACUUUAAAUUUAUCUGCAGCGCGAGCAACUGUACUGAAGUUCUACUCUAUGACAUCACGGCGUUAUCAGUCGCGCGAUCUCAGUCAGUUUAGCAGCUUUGCGUUUCUCGUUGUUUCUGAACAAUCCGACUGAGAGUCGAUUAAUAUCCGAGAAUAUUUUGUCCAAACUGUGUGAUCUCUGAUCUGCGGGAUCUCUGAUCGGCAUUAAGCGAGAUUUUAACUCAGAUUUUCGACGAAACAGAGUGUAAAGCACCAACGGGCGAUGAGCGUUGGUGCAUUGCGCCCACAUCCACCUGACAGAAGCUCAGUGAUGGAUCACGAGAGCCACAAAACUGUCCUAGACCUCUUGAGGGAUUAUGAGAACAUUACUGGCUCCCAGCAGGCUGCACAGCUCUCUCCCUUAAACUACAAAGGUGAGUAAAACUAAUAUAAAGCGUGCUUCAGUCGGAUUCAAAACGGUCACAUUUUAUUAUAUAAAGGCUUAAGCAAGGCUCCAGAUCUUUUUUUGAGACAGUGUUCAGAGUAAAAUGGGGAAAAUGUGUCAAGGUCUGUUUUCAUUGUUUUAAUGUGUAAUAAACCUCUUGUUAUGCAGGUGCAGGCAUGGGCGCCGUAAAGGGGUGGAAGGUUAGGACGAUUCUAAGGGCCCAGCCUGAUUUAGGGCCCAGAAGAGCAGACCCCCUUUUUAUUUUCCUAUUUCUUUUCUUUUUUUUAAUACAUACAUUAAAUAUGCUAGGGCCCCUCGUGCACUAAAUGUGUAUUUUGUCCGUUUUGACCAUAGAUUUAAUAUUUAAAAAACAAAUAAUGUAUUUACUGUUUCGGUCACAACCCUCCCUGCUCCCUCUCACAAUGGUUCAUUCCACCUGCGCUCGCUAGUGUAGCAUCUCUUGCUUAUUGGACUUGCCGCAGACAGUGACACACGCAGACACGUCACAUCAAAAGUCAGGGAAACAAAAACGGAAGGAAAAGAAGUCAAGAGAAGACAGAGAACGCCAAAGUCGACAGUAUGUCACACAGUUUUUCAAAAAGAAAGACACAGAUUCAGCGGCUGCUGCACACCCACGUCCCCCGUCCCCGUCUCAGCCGAACAAGGUGAGCCUGAGCGCGAAACUUCGCGAAGAUUGAAGCCUCUAAACACGUCUUAUCUACUGUGUUCGCCACAUGAUGAUAACUUCGCAAAACAAAAAGUAAUCUACACUCUUCAAAAAUUUCAAAAUUAGUUUGCCGUGUCGUGUGUUCUGUGAAGUGACAGUGCGGCUGCUAAGAUCGAUACUGUCAAACUUGACGUUCUUAAUAUGAAUAAAAUGCCCCAGAAAAAUAUAAUAUAAAAUUGAAUAAAACGUGUCUCUACUGUAGCUGAUGUUUCCUGAAUGAGCAGUUUGACCCAGCUAAAGCUUGUUCAUGUUAAGUAUAUGUCAAUACAUAAUGUUCUCUUGUGCUUGCAAUUGCAAUUGAGAUAAUAAAUGUUCUCCCUUUUAUGUAAACAAGUACAUAUUUCUAAAAAAAAUUCUUGUUUUUGUAGGCCUUGUACUCAUCUUUAGACAUUUUAACUAUGCAAUGUGCUAAGUAUCUUUUUUUAAGUAUACAGGGCAUGUUUAUUGGGUUAAAUUUUAUCUGUAAAAAAUGUAGGGGGCCCAGAAAUGUUGGUUUCCAUAGGGCCCAGAAUUUCUGGCGGCACCCCUGGGUGCAGGUGUGCAGCACCCAGAGUUACAUAAAAGAUGUAAAGUUCUUCCUGCCAUUACAAAGGCCUGUCAAAACUUUACUGGUCCGCAGCAAUAUGAGGACAUCUCCCUCUUACAUGUCAGAGGUGUUGGUCUACAUUCACCACAUCCACCAUCUGACUUUACCCCUCAAAUAAAACCCGAGGGCCACAACGUUCUUCCCUCAACCUCAGAGAAGAAGGAAUGUGGGAACUUUAAGCGUUCCCAGAAGUGUAAACUUCCUUCCACAAACCUCAGAGGACUGAGGGCGGAGCCACCACAGAAGAGAAUACAGCUGUGGGAACCAAGUGAUAGACCUUGUGACGAUCCUGUCCUUUCUGUUCUUGGAUUUCGUGCCUUGGGACAGGGUUGCUACAGUAUCAUGUCUUGUGUGUAUGUUUUGUUUUAUGUGGAGACACGUGGCGGUAUGUUUGGAUAAUUCGCCGCGUGUCAUCCUGUGUUCCGUUAAGCUCCGCCCCCUUGUUUCUCCGUUAGGCUCCCUUAGUGUGUUAUCUCCGUCACCUGUCUCCCAUUAGUGUUUAGUCUUGUCACCUGCCCUUCUCCGUCCCUGUGCAAUCUCCCCUCGUUAUUAUGUCCCUAUUUAAUAUCUCUUUUUCCCCUCACACCUUGUUCGGUUCAUCGUAUUAUAUUUGUCUUUCUAGCCUUGCCCCAUGUUGCGGAGGAUAUUUGGAUUACCCUGUUACCUGUUUGAAGUUUUGUAUGAGUUUCCUCCCCGUGGUUUCUGUCGGUGUGUUUCGUGUUUUUGGACUUUUUCGCUACCUUGUUUUGUUUGUUCCCCUCGUGGAAAGUUUUCUGUUUAGUAUCAGUCUCUGUUUUGCCCCAUCGUGGGUUUUGUUUUAUUUAAUAAAAGUCUUUGUCACCUCCAUCUGCCUUGCAUCUGGGUUCUGCUCAUACGUGCCGUGACAGAAUGAACCGAACCAAAAGAACCCAGCGGGCAGCAACCGACUCCAUGCGUGCUUACCAGACUCGUAUCCUGUGUGGAUUCCGGCAGAGGGGUAUCCCCGUGAGAGAGCUCGCCACAGACUUCCUGUCCAUUGCGCAAAGCACGGAUUUCACGGAGGCAGAGUUGAAGGCAAUCUUCAACGGCUGCCUGGAUGAACCCUUUGUGCAGGCUGACAUGCGCAUGACGAGUGCUCUGGGCUUCGUGGACUGCCUCCGGAUCGCUAUGGAUCGUGAGGAGUCCAGGGCGCUACCCGUGGCGGAGCCUCUCACGGGGCCGGGACCUACCCCAGAGAACGACCCCUCUCAAGUCGGGGUUCCGGUUGUCACCUUGACCCCUGACUCCUCUCCGCCACCAGCAGGACUCCUUGGCGGACAUGGGAGGAGAGAGCCUUGGGGGCCCUCGUCGGAGGAAUCCCGGUCGGUGCUUGCCGUGCCCUUCGUCUCACUGUUGCAGCAAACCACCAGUCCGGUGGCCCGCCUUAAAAGGAAGAAGCAACGGAGAGAGGCGUGGUGUCCGUCCCAGCCGGUGUCCAGUCCGGUCCAGCCGGAAUCUCAGCCGGCCGUCCAGCCGGAAUCUCAGCCGGCCGUCCAGCCGGAAUCUCAGCCGGCCGUCCAGCCGGAUUCUCAGCCGGCCGUCCAGCCGGAUUCUCUUCCGGCCGUCCAGCCGGAUUCUCUUCCGGAUUCUCAGCCGGCCGCCCAGCCGGAUUCUCUUCCGGAUUCUCAGCCGGCCGCCCAGCCGCCGUAUUCUCAGCCGGCCGCCCAGCCGCCGUAUUCUCAGCCGGCCGCCCAGCCGCCGUAUUCUCAGCCGGCCGCCCAGCCGCCGUAUUCUCAGCCGGCCGCCCAGCCGCCGUAUUCUCAGCCGGCCGCCCAGCCGCCGUAUUCUCAGCCGGCCGCCCAGCCGCCGGAUUCUCAGCCGGCCGCCCAGCCGCCGGAUUCUCAGCCGGCCGCCCAGCCGCCGGAUUCUCAGCCGGCCGCCCAGCCGGCACAUUGUACUUUUCCUUAUUUGUUUGGACACACCCCUCACCCCAGCUCUCCCAAGUCCCCACCAGCCUCGCCCGGUCUUCCUAGGUUCCCUCAUCAUGUCCCACCCAUGCCUAGCGUUCCCAAGUUUGGUCUGCCUAUUCCCCCCCCUCCCUUCCCUUUGAUGUUUAUCUUAUUGUCUAACCCCAACCCCUUCAUAGUUAUGUCGGCCCUGCCCCUAGUUUGUUGUGUUUUGUCUGUGUGGUGUCUGUCUUCGUUCUUGUCUAUUUUGUCCCGCUGAUUUUUUGUUGUUUUUGGCCGCUCGGUGAUCGGCUCUUGGAGCGGGGGUACUGUGACGAUCCUGUCCUUUCUGUUCUUGGAUUUCGUGCCUUGGGACAGGGUUGCUACAGUAUCAUGUCUUGUGUGUAUGUUUUGUUUCAUGUGGAGACACGUGGCGGUAUGUUUGGAUAAUUCGCCGCGUGUCAUCCUGUGUUCCGUUAAGCUCCGCCCCCUUGUUUCUCCGUUAGGCUCCUUUAGUGUGUUAUCUCCGUCACCUGUCUCCCAUUAGUGUUUAGUCUUGUCACCUGCCCUUCUCCGUCCCUGUGCAAUCUCCCCUCGUUAUUAUGUCCCUAUUUAAUAUCUCUGUUUCCCCUCACACCUUGUUCGGUUCAUUGUAUUGUAUUUGUCUUUCUAGCCUUGCCCCAUGUUCCGGAGGAUAUUUGGAUUACCCUGUUACCUGUUUGAAGUUUUGUAUGAGUUUCCUCCCCGUGGUUUCUGUCGGUGUGUUUCGUGUUUUUAGACUUUUUCGCUACCUUGUUUUGUUUGUUCCCCUCGUGGAAAGUUUUCUGUUUAGUAUCAGUCUCUGUUUUGCCCCAUCGUGGGUUUUGUUUUAUUUAAUAAAAGUCUUUGUCACCUCCAUCUGCCUUGCAUCUGGGUUCUGCUCAUACGUGCCGUGACAGACCUUUUGCUUUCGUCUGUAAAAGAAUAUUAGAAGAUGCGAAGAUUGACCGUGAAUAUCAAAACAGCCUUUCUUUAGCAGAUCGAGAGACAUUCUCAUCUAGGUUUAAAAAAAUGAAAAUUGAUGACAUAAGGAAUAUCCUUUGGAGAAAGAAGAGUUAAGGAUAUGGCUGCUACAAGUACUGUUGAAGGAAGCUAAAAAAAGAGGAGACGUGGGUGGCUGGCUUCCUGGAGUGGCCGGCUGCACCGGACUGGAGUGGCUGGCUGCCGGGAGUGGCUACCUGGAGUGGACUGGAAUGGCUGGGUGCCUGGAGGGACCGGCUGCACCGGACUGGAGUGGCUGGCUGCCGGCUGCACUGGAGUGGCUGGCUGCCUAGAUUGGCCGGCUGCACCGGACUGGAGUGGCUGGCUGCCGGCUGCUCUGGAGUGGCUGGCUGCCUAGAGUGGCCGGCGCACCGGACUGGAGUGGCCGGCUGCACCGGACUGGAGUGGCCGGCUGCACCGGACUGGAGUGGCCGGCUGCACCGGACUGGAGUGGCCAGCUGCACCGGACUGGAGUGGCCGGCUGCACCGGACUGGAGUGGCCGGCUGCACCGGACUGGAGUGGCUGGCUAUACCGGACUGGAGUGGCCGGCUGCCUAGAGUGGCUGGCUGCACCGGACUGGAGUGGCUGGCUGCACCGGACUGGAGUGGCCCGCUGCACCGGACCGGAGUGGCUGGCUGCCGGGAGUGGCCGGCUGCACCGGACUGGAGUGGCACGCUGCCUAGAGUGGCUGCACCGACCACUGUUUGCCACAAAACAGGAACAUCACACAUUUGACCUGAAACAACUGCAAACCAAGAUAUGAAUUCAAAUCUUUAAAGAAGAAUCGUAUCCCUUGUGAAGUGUUACAUUCCUCUAAUAAUAAAUGCUAUUAUUGUACAUCA